AUGCCGAGCGAUUCGGAGCCGACGCUGGCGGCUCGUCGGAUGGCCAAAAAGCCGACGGAAGGCGGCGCCAGCGAGGAUGAAGGCGUCGCGGCGAUGACCGACGUCUUCGAGUCGUCUGGCCUCGACGUCAGUUCCUUUUUUGAGAUUUUCAAGCAUAUCAACAAAAAUUCCCAGAAAAUGUCCAAAUGACCUCAAAAGAAGAGCCUCAAGCUCUUUUCGAGCUCCUCAAAAUGUGUCAAAAGUUUCUCGAAAUCUCCUUUUUCCACCUUUUUUCCGCCUUCAUUUUUUUACACCCGCUCAAAAGGUCCUUUCCAAAAAAAGGUUCAGAAAAAGGCCAUUUAAAGGCCCUUCUUUCCAAAAGUCCUUUUUGAAACCUUUUGUACUUUGUCCGUGUUAAAAAUUCUUUAGACUUGGCGAAUAGAUUAGUUAUCACUUUAUCUAAUGGAGUCAUGUAGGAAAAUGAAUUUUUUCUAUAGGCAUUCGAAGAAUAUCCUGUUUUUUAGGGAAAAACUUUAUACCUGAAAAGUUCUGAUUCCUUUGUCUCAUCCAAGUAUCUAAGUUUGAAAAACAGUAAAUGUGAAUGAAAUAUUGGAAUGACUUGGUAAUAAACCAAAAACUUCCUAGGUUUCAAAAAAUAAGAGCUUAAUUUAGAAGAAAACCACCGGAUAGCGUUGAAAUGGCUAGUUUGAGAAUUUCAGAUAUUUUUCUUAGAAACUAGGCAAUUUUGGGCUUUCUAGGCGUUCUCAAAAAGUAUUAUGAUCAAUUUUUGAAAAGUCGCGGAAGAAAAACGAAUCUUUCUUCCUUAUAAAGAUUCUUGAAGACUUUAUUAAAAACAUGACUUUUGGUCUUUUUGAACAGUUCAUCUUCACGCAUCGGAAAUCCAGUCGAACCAAAUUUCACACGGCAAAUAAGCGUCGCCGGUUUAGACUUUUUUGUUUCCGUAUUUUGGCUCGGAUUUCACUUUGAAAACAAACAGCCAAACAUAAGCCGGAAAGAAACUCCAUUAGCCGUUGCGUUGGACGUGUGUGUGUGGCCGGCUGGCGAGAACCGGCGCCGGUCGGGCCACGCCCCUUUUCAAUAUCUCACUUUUGACGUCGAUUUUGAAUUCAUUUCACACGUGUGUUUGUUUGUUAGUUGGGCUCUUUUGGCUUUCUUCGAUUUUUGCACUUUUAUUGAAGUUUCGACAGGUAAAAGCUUGAUUUUAAGCUCUGAAAAGUGUUUUUGAAGACAUCCAGAUAUUUGAAGUUGCUAGAAAAUGCCUCAAAUUUUUUUGAAACUUCAUUAUUACUUGGGAUCUCCAGAGUGGUCCUUAUAGGGGCAACCUUAGAAGCCCUUGGUGGGUCCUCUCUAGGGGCAACCUCUACCGAACCCUAUAGGGACCACUAAACUUUGCAAAAGUGGUUCUUAUGGGGUUUUAAAUUUAAAUCCUAGUCAAUAAUUUUUACGUACUCUUCGCGAAGAACAUUUCCAUGCGAAAAAAUUAAUAAAUAAGCGUUUUUUAGAAUGAUAUUGAAAGACCUCUAUAGGGUCCACUUAAGCUUUAGAGGCUAAGGGGCCAGACCUAAAAACCCUAUAGGGAUCACCUUGAUUUCACCCCCAUAGGGACCACUUUUCCGGCCCCUAUGGGUUUUCUAAGAAGAACAUUUUUCAACCGCAAAAAAACCACUCAAAACCCUCCUUUCCCUGUACCUCGUAAAACUUUUCAUGAAUGCUCAAAUAAUGUGACGUCACGCGUGGAAUCGUGCACGAGUGUCGUCCGACAAUAUCCACUUGUAAGCAAAAAAUUUUUCGAGUGGUGCAGAAAAACCGACUUGUUUGCUGUUAUUAUAGUAUAACUACUGCAGAGAGGACUGCUUUUUUGUCUUCUUCACGAAAAAAAACUUGAGAAAGUGUACUUUUUGAUUACUUAUUUGCAUGGUUUUAUGAAAAAUCAGGUUUAUAUUCGCCGUAAGCUGAAGUUUCGUUCGAGAAAAUGUUGAAGAAUGAUUUUUCUUCGAAUUUAUAUUAGGGCCUGCUCCUUGUCUUUUUCUCGAUUCUCUCAAAUUGCCAGAAAAUAUUGGAAUAAAUGGAAUUUUUGAGAGUUCAUUUGUAGAAAAAAAAUCGGCUCUUUUCAUUCGUAAUCUGGAGUAUCGUUCGAGAAAAUCGAGAGGAAUAAAUCAACUUGUUUUUUUUUUUUUGGAACCUGCUUUCUGUUUCUUAUCCGAGAAAAAAAUAUCCGAGAUAUAGGAUUUCUUGAUGACUUCAUUUAUAUUAAAUAAUGAAAAAUCAGCUAUUUUACGCCGUAAUUUGGAGUUUCGUUCGAGAAAAAAUCUAGAAAAAUCAGUUAUUUUGAAUUUUCCAGCUGUCAUCUGGAGUCUAGUUAGAGAUAAUUCAAACCACGAAAAUUUGAAAAACUUUCUAUUCAGACCUAUUUUACAACUUCCAGAUCAAAUCAAAAUUUUUUUUGUCCUUUCCUAGUCUUCUUCAAUUUUUCUCCCUUCACAUGACGAAUGAUCGUGGCGAAACCCACCUGUGUGUUUUUGGAUGACACAUUGCCUCAGGAGAAGAAGAAAAAAUUUCCGUUGACUUUGGCCCGUUGUAUCUAUUUUUCUCGCCACGCUUUGAUUAUCACUAUGAUUCAUCGCUCAGUUUUUUUUUUCUGAAGGGUUUUGUUAGCCUUGGUGUUGAAGUUUAAGUUUUGGAGGUCUGUCAGCUUUUAAAAUUCAUGUUUUUUGACGGGUUUAUAUGUGAUUUUUUUUUUGAACGAUGCUCCAAAUGACGCUUUGAAUUAUCUGCCAAAAUUAUGUUUUAUUUCAAUAUUUUCUGUUUAGUAAAAUCUGGAAGUCUUAAAGCUUUUGAAAUUCACUUUUUCUCGACGGUCUUUUGUACGAUUUUUCUGAACGAUGCUCCAGAUGACGGACCUGCCAAAAUCAUGUUUUUUUUUCUUUUUUUUCUGUGUAGGAAAAAUCAGUGUUGUAGAGAUCUGAAAGCUUUUUAAAAUGCACUUUUUUUGAACAGUCUUUCAUUUUUUUUUCCGAUGCUCCAAAUGACGGGCUUUGAAAUCUGCCAAAAUCUAGUUUUUCAAUAUUCUCUCUUUCUGAGAAAAUCUGGAUUUUAAGGACUUUAAAUUUUUUAAAAUGCACUUUUUCUGAACAGACUUUUAUAUAACUUUUAUGAACGAUGCUCCAAAUGACGGACUUUGAAAUUUCUGCCAAAAUCAUGUUUUUUCAAUCUUUCAUGUUUAGGAAAAUCAGUGUUAUAGAGAUCAGAAAAGCUUUUAGAAUGCACUUUUUCUUGACGGUUUUUCAUGUCAUUUCUUUAAACGAUGCUCCAAAUGACCGACUUUGAAAUAUUAGUGAAAAUCGUCUUUUUCCUUCAUUUUACCUCAAAAAGGCUCCAAAUGACGCUGAGAUAAUCAGCUAACUUUAUGAUUUUUUUUUCUUGUUUUUUCUUGUUUUUUUUUGGAACCAAGCUCCAAAUGACGCUGAAGUUAUGCGCAAAAAUUGGCUUCAAAUUUAUUCAGAUAACUUUAUUAUUUUUAACUAAUAACAAUUUUCCCCCAAGCAAUGAACUGAUUUACGUUUCAGUUUCUUGAAAAAAAAAUCAUAGUUCCUCGAUUUUUUUUUUCUUUUAAACGAGGCUCCAAGUUACGAAAGAGUUAUUCUGGGCCCAAAUUUCUCAAGGCUGAGCCUAUACUUAACUCUGAGUGGAAAACGAUGAGGAUUGACCCGAUUUUUCACAGGAACCAAGGCCCAAAUUGACCGUAAAGUCCAGCUAAUUGCAGCGUUUGAGAGCGUCGAAUUUCUUCGAUUUUCCCCCAAGUUUCUGUUUCUUGACUAUUCGUUGGAAUAACUUGAAAAAAUAGCCGAAUUUUCUUACCAAAAAAUCGCAAGAUCCACAGCUGGAACACCACAUAAUCUGUUGGAGGAGCGCAAAAAACGAGAUUUUUCAGUCAGAGAACCAAUGAACAUCCGAGUUUAUUGGUUCUAUUCUUAGGAGGUGUAGGAAUGUCUUCAGAAUAACUUCUCUAGACUUUUCUUGUUCAAGUUUUCGUUCCGAGUACUGUAGAUUUUUUUCUAUGAAUUUUCCGGAUUUUUUUUAAUUUACAGGAAAGCUUUUUUAAGAGGCGAAAAAAAAAACGGUUCAGUUUGAAAGUGUGGCUUUCUACUAGAAGAAAGUGGGCUUCAUUGAUAAAAGAAUAUUUUAAGGUGGCUUUUUUUUCUCGAAGAAAGUAUGCUCUAUUGAUAAACAUUUUUUUGAACAGGUUUUUUUAGAAGAAAAUCUGCUUCUUCGAUGAAACUAGAUUUUUAAAAAUUAGCUUUUUUCUAGAAGAAAGUCUGCUCCAUCGACAAAAAAAUUUUUUUUUCUAGAAGGAAAUCUGCUGCUCCCUUGUUAAAGUGAAAUAUUUGAGAGUAGCUUUUUUCUAGAAGAUAAUCUGCUCCAUUGAUGAAAUUCUUUUUCAAUUUUUUCUGAUAAGAAAUUCUCUCAUUUUAUCCUUUUUGUAAUCUGUAACAUCACCCAAUCCAAACAACACGAUGUAAAGUGUUCAAAGUGUAAAGAAAUUUGAGCCGUGUCCCGUUGAACUUGGCCGAAAAUUCAGCCGCACCUCGGUUUUCUUUCCAUAAUGCGCGACACGGGACGGCCAAAUAUUGACAAUUCGACGUGAUAUGAUUAUUUCAUCGGCGCAUGGGGGCUGAUAAGGCGUUCGCCAGUGUUUGAUGGAUGAUCCAAUGUAAAAUAUGGGCUUGGAAACAUAGAAGAUUUUUGAAAAUCGAGAUUUUUCGAGAGGAUUUUGCGAGUUUUUUGAGUUUUAUUCGUUUUUGGGCAAAAAUUUGGGUUCAAUGGAAUGUUUUUUGCAAAUUUGAAGGUUUGAUGAAUGAUCCAAUGUAAAAUAUGAACGCGGAAACAUUGUAGAUCUCUCGAAAAUCGAGAAUUUUUAGGCGAUUUUUCGAAUUUCAUGCGCUUUUGAAUCCAGAAAAAACAGGUUCAACAGAAUCAUUUUUGGCAAUUUUUCAAAGUUAGUUACAUUUUUUAAGCUUCGAAAUUUUUUCAACGUGAAAUUUCGGCUUUUUGAGAAAAAAAAAACUGGUUCUACAAAGAAAAAUCCUUAUUAUAAGCUGGAAGAUAAGCUUGAUUUAAAUUAAAUCAAAAAAAAAAAUCAAAAAUUUCCAUUUCUGAGAGAUUUCAUGAUAAAUUUGCGUAAUUUUCUGCAAAAGGAACCGUUCAAUCCUGCUUUAUUGAUGAAAAAGCUUAACUGCAAGGUUAUCGGACUAUUUUCGCCGCGUUAACGCCUCAUGACGAGCAAAUGAACACGAAGACACGUUAAGCUUCAUCGAAAAGCCUGUGAUAAACUGAUAGUCCUGAGCUUUUUAUGUUUCCCGAAAAAAUGGCUUUUGACAAAGAAAAUGUUAACUUUUUGGUUGAGACCUUUUGGAAAAUUGGCCAGAACACUCUUUGGUAUAGAUCCUGAGAGUAUAGACUUGUCAAAAUCCUUAGUUUCUGAAGCUCGAGGUCUCACAUUCCUUUUCUUUCAGUGGAUUUUGAUGGUGUUUAAAAAGACUUCAAGAUGUUCAGAUUCAGACUUCUGAUCUGUCAAAGAGUGUUUUGGAUAAGUUUUUGAGCUUCUAAAAAAAUUUUAUUCCCUUAUCUUGUUCAAAGUUCAAACGCUAGUUUCCUAUUUUUUUUUCAUUGACUUUUUUUUAUUCUGUUCGAGGUUGUUGUUCCACGAGAAGCGUCAGGUGUUCUCCACGCCUUUCGAACGUUUCUGAGCCAUUAAGUGAUCACUCAAGUGGUUUUUACUCCUCUUAAGCCCUCACUUGAAGUAGGCUGUUUCGAAGUUCUCAAAGAAUGGCUAAAAAAAAAAUGACCUCCUGGAGGUUGAUUCCGGUAGAUUCCAGUGUUUGAUUAAUUUUUAAUUUGUCCGAUAUUUCUGAGGUUCUCUCCACUUCUCUCGAACUUUUUUGACCCCUUAAAUGAUCACUGAAGGGGUUUUAGAGCCUCUUAGGCACUCCCUUGAAGUCAGGUUUGUCUUCUGACUUUGAGAGACCAUAAUUCGACUAGAACCAAGAAGGCGUACUUUUUUCAACUUCUUUGGGUUCAGCAUGUCCGAAAGUACCUAUAUACCAAGUUUCAUUGAAUUCCAGUACUUUGACCUUUUGCACUUCCCGUGUGUCAGCUGUUUUUAGCACCUCUUAACCAUUCUCUUGCAGCGAGAUUUAUGUCCCGGACGUCUAAAAAUAAAGCUUCCUACUUUGUCAAAGUUCGCUCUAUGGACAAAAAUUGAACAUUAUCACACGUUCUGAUCCAACACCUCAAGACGAACAACAGAACGGCGAGGAAUGUUAAGCUUCAUCGAAAGCCCUCGGUGAUCCAUUCCUGAUGACGCUAUCAGCAUUUCGAUGGCGUUUGAUAAGGAUUCGCCCCUAGCGAGGGCGUCAAUUUGCUUCUCUUUCUCACUUCCCAUUCUUCGCUGCCCCGGUCCAAACAGCAAAUAGACCGACCCCCACCGAAAAAGCUCCACCCUGUCUUCUUCACCAAAUUCGGCCUGUCAGCCCUUUUCGAGCUAUUCCUGGCUUCACAUAAUUAUAUUUCUUAAUUCCUGACUUUUCAUAAUGAAUAGCUCUGCUGAAGAGCGCGACGCGGAAAGUUAUGUGGUGGGUUUGGAAAAAGUUUUUAUAAAAUUUUUGAUUUUUCAGUUUUUUUAUUGAGCACAGUUGUUGAAGAUUGUAAAAAAAGUUUCUUUAUUAUUUGAACCAAAAAAGGCUGAUUUUUUGGCUAAGAAACCACUUGAAAUUCAUUGUCUUUUUGUGAAAAAAAGUCCUAGAACGAUAGAGAAAUAGUGUGCAAAAAUGAGAGGGUUGUACAGUAAUUUUAGGCUUGAGCCUGAGAAAUUUUGUAUUUUUUUUUGGAACUGAGAACUCAUUGAAAAUUUAAUUUUUCCAUUUUUGUAUUUUUCAAAUUUUUCUCAAAGCUAAGAAGAGGUCAUAGUAAUAAAAUUUCACAAAAAAAAAUUUUAAAGCCUUUUUUCUGAAUUUUUUUCGCUCCAUUAGCCUCCCUCCAACGCUGAUUUUUCAUUAUAAAACAUUUUUUUCUAUUUCCGAAGAUUUAUUAAUUUCCCAUCGUAAUUUUCCCACUGUCCCAGUGUUUUCCCAGAAGCCAACCAUGUUGGUUCAAUCGAUAGCGCGCAGAAAAGCAAACAAAUGCGAAACCUGUUGAAAAAUCCAGAUUUUCGAGGGUUCAUAUUGGCUUCACCGUUAGGUAGAUGGUUGAUUGGGUUUUUUGUAACUUUCUGUUUAUUUUUUUGAAAAAGUUCGACUUUCAAUUUUGGUAAGACAUCUAUCAAAGCUCUGUUGGGAUUUUAUAAAUGGCAAAAAUGCGUCUGGGAACGAUCCUGUGACCUUUCGAGUGACAGACAGGAGACUUUCCAUUGAACCAAAGUAGAAGGGAACAGAUAUGCUCAAUUUUAAGCUUUUAAGACAGAUUUUUUUGCAUUGUUCUUUUGGCUUUUUUGAUGUAAAAAAUCCACAACUUUAAUUGAUAAUGGCAAAAAUUGACUUACAAGCAAGGAAAUCGAUCCAGCGACCUUUUCAGUGACAGACUGGAGACUUUCCAUUGAGCCAAAGUAGAAGGAAGUUAAUACGCUCAAUUUUAAGCUGUUGUGACAGUUUUUUGCAUUGUUCUUUCGGCCUUUUUUAUGUUAAAAAUCCACAAAUUUAACUGAUAAUGGCAAAAAUUGACUUACAAGCAGGGGGGUCGAUCCAGCGACCUUUUGAUUGACAGAUUGGAUUCUUACCACUGAGCUACGGAAAGAUUCGCCGAUCGUCAAGAGUUUUAACAGAUAUUCUCAGCUGAUUAACUUUAAAAGUGUCUUUUUGAAAGCUUGUAUUUCUUAGAGAUACCAAAGAAUGAAAUUUUUAAAGUUCUCUUUAACUUUCUUCAAAGAACUCGUUGUUGACUUUUUGCCAACUUCUUUCACUUUCCAAUAACAUUAUUGAGUUUUACCGCUUUUGUUGUCUUUUCAAUGGUUGUUGGAGGAAAAGAAGAAAGGAAAAAAAACGUGGACCGGGUUCUGAAUGAAUCAGUUGUUUCGCAACACUUUUUCGGUCUCUCCAAGGGCUUUUGUAAAUUAGUCAUUUUCUGCUGGGAGAUUUUUGAACUUGAUAGUGGAACGUUUGUUUUAGUGGUGCUUCAGAUUCAGAAAAGCUUCUAGUUUUUAGAAAAAAGUUAUAAAAAUUUUAAAAACGUAGACGUUUUUUGGAAUAGUAUUUGUCCAAUAGAGCGCACUUGACGCAUAAAAGGAAUUGUAUUUGAAAUUUUCACCUAGUGAUGAUUUAUUUUCUAUCAAAAAGCUCUGGAAACCUCAUAGGGACCCGAGUUUCGGAAAAAAAGUGAACUGUGGAUAAUUUUUCUGGCAUCAAAUUGAUUUUUUUAACCUCAGAUUCAUUACCAACAAUCUGCAUAAAUUAAUUCUGGCCUCGAAAUUUUUUAUAUUUGUCACUGGAGCGCAAUUACACCCCUCAUUGAGCCAUUUCCCCCAAUUUUUCGUACUUUUCAUAUUUCUCCACCUUCUCCGGUUCUGUAUAAUAUCCUGGUCAGAAAAAAAAAACUAUUCAAGAUAAAUUGAAAAAAAAAAUGAGGUGAAGUGAGCGGCUUUUUCCCUCAAAAUGUUUGACGAGAUUUUUUUUUCUCUUUCCGUUCUUUUCAUUCACGGCGUGUACACGUUAUUUCACGUUGAAUAGCCACAAAAAUCGGUUGCCGACGACUGAAUCACACUUCAGUGGCGGAAAAUUGGUUCUCGACGCGGUUGACGUCGGACCCGAAUUUCUACUUUUCCAGGCCCCUUUUUUGGAGGUUUUUCUAGAGCUGGGACUAGAAUUUGUUGAUUUAUUGACGUGAAUCGAAUCUGAGCUUGCUGUAGAUGAUAGAUCAUCAAAUUUUUUGUGGUUGAAUGGUAAACCUCUAAACUAUCACCAAAAAGGUCGCUGGAUCGAUCCCACGGCUAGAAGACUCAUUUUUGCUUUUAAUUCCACUCUUACACGAUAUUCAGAUCAUACAUACUAAUGAUGAAAAAGCGUGAAACAAGGAUCUCCUCUUGUUGUAGCUCAGUGUUAAUCCUCUAAACUAUCACCAAAAAGGUCGCUGGAUCGAUCCCACGGCUAGGAGACUCCUUUUUGCUUUUAAUUCCACUCUUACACGAUAUUCAGACCAUACUAAUGAUGAAAAAGCAUAGAGAUGUAAUUUUGCUCUCCGUAGAUCAGUGGCGAAUCUCUUGUUUGUAGAUAAAAAGGUCGCUGGAUCAAUCCCGCCGCUGGAAGAUCAUAUUUUUGCCAUUUUUUCUUCAGUAUCUCAAGUCCCCAGAAGUCUUCAAAAACGUCAAAAUUCAGGCAAAAUCCGGGUUUUUGAGCUUAUGGGUUCAAAAAUCUCAUAUCGACAAAAAUUGAACCUGAUCUUGAUCAGAAAAAAAAAUUACGGUCCUAUCAUUUUUGCUGAAUUUUUAAGAUUUGAAGGCUUGGACCCACUUCUGUUGAAACUUCACAAAACACUGUUUUUAGUACAAAGCAACUACUUACACCUGUUUUUCCUAGCCAUCCAUGCAAUUAGGUACAAGUAAUCGCCUUGUUAUUCACUUUCUCUUACCUGUUUGUUGACUUUUUCAACGCAAACAGCGGCUUUUCGAAGCUUCUCAUGAUGUCAGCGAGAAAAAUAAUGUAUACUUUUGAAAAGUCAACUUUUUCCUGUAGAACCUUAGUUAUAAGAAGAUCACCGUCAUUUAUUAAAAAUUGAGAUUUGCGGGUUUCUCUGCGCUCUCUUAAGCUCAAGUGCUCUUUUUUCUGUUUCUAUGUAGAGCCGAUGAGAGAGAAGAGAGCGCAGACAGGUCAGAUCGUCUCAAAAAUGAUGCGAAUCGGGUUCCCCGUUUAAUUAUCGAUUCAAAUUCAGUUUAUAGAUGUGAAAAUUUUUCCGUUUCAGAGAAAGUUCAAAUUUUGAAACCUACUACCGUAACUUCACUUGUUCUCUCAUCGAAUACCGUAAUAUCCAAAAAAACCUUUUCAUGGUUUCCACGUGAUUGUCUAACUAUUAUUGAACAAGCCAAAAAAAUAGAAAUCGCUGAAAAAAAUAUUAUUUAUUUAUAUUUCCUCUGUACACAAAACAUCAAUUGAGAGAGAUGCUUUUUGAAAAAAAUAUGCUCGUGUUUUGCUUCAUCUAUUUUUGUUGAGUUUGAAAAUUUUUAAAAAAGUGUAUAAAUAUAGUGAGAAUGCUUUUGAAACUUUUUUUCUUUUUACAAGUUUUUUUGAUUUUUCUCUCUGGGCGCUGAUUUUCAAGCAUUAGGGGCCGAAAAAAAGUGGUCCCUAUAGAGGUUUUUUUUUAAAUUUUAUUCAAAAUUAGUUCUUCGCAUAAAGUCCAUGAAAUCAUCGACUAUCAUGUCCUAUAUAAAGGCCCCUAACUAAAGCCCCUAUAGGGACCACUUUAGCAAGCUUCAGUGGCCCCUAAAGGGUUCAGGAGAAGAGGAUCUCUAUAAGGGCCACUUUUGCCAUUUCUAGGGACCCCUGUAGAGUUUGCUAAAGUGGUCCUUAGAGAAGACCCUUCAUAACCCCUAUAGGGAUCACUUCCGCAAGCUCUAGUGGUCCCUAUAGGCGUUAGGGAAGGGUAGGGAAAAUAAGGGCCACUUUUGCCAUUUCUAGGGACCCCUGUAGAGUUUGCUAAAGUGGUCCCGAGAGAAGGCCCUCCAAGACCCCUAUAGAGACCACUCUGGAGUUCCUAAGUGUAAGAAAACAUUUGAGUAAUGACGAAUAAACGAGUCAAGUUCAAAUGAACGAACAGGAGCGCCUGGGGGGAAGGAACUCAGCUUCUGCUGUUCAAACAACCGAUCUCGAGGAGGGCAUGGUGUCGAGGCCUUUUUGCUGCUUUGGUAGGGGGGAGAUGGAGGUGGUGUUGGCCCUAUUGUUGGAAGAAUUGAGAGCGGCGCCCCGUACAAGGACACACUCCAUCCGCCCUUGUUUGUUGGCUGGCUCAGGCGCCUCUCUGAGGCUCUUUCCUUUCCUGGACCAGCACAACUACACCGUUUUCUUUUUUUAAGCUUUUUGAAUCUUAUUUUUCCUUCUGAUUGAUUGAAAAGAGCUCUUUUUGAUUCAACUGGAGCGUUUUGGUGCUUGGAAAAUCAUGGUUUUUCAUUUCCGGUCCCUUUUUCUUGGCCGGAACAACUGUACCGUUCCCUUUUUUUGAGCUUUUCGGUGGAAUUUUCCGUCUUUUUCGAUUGAAAAUUGGGUUCUUCCAAAUCAGUAGUAGCAUUUUGGUGCUUGGAAAAUCGUGGUUUUUCAUUUCCGGUCCCUUUUUCUUGGCCAGAACAACUGUACCGUUCCAUGUUUCAGGCUUUCGAAUCUUAUUUUUCGCUCAGAUUGAUUGAAAAGAGCUCUUUUUGAAUCAACUGGAGCACUUUGGUGUUUCAAAAGUCGCUCUUGUCCUGGUGGAAACAAGCUUGAAUCAUUCCCCGUCUGGUUAUUUUGGCCAGAACAACAAUGCUUUUUUGAGCUUUUUGAAUCUUACUCUUCGUUCGAAUUGAUUGAAAAUGAGCUCUUUGUGAGCCACCAGGAGCAUUUUGGUGCUCGGAGGACCGUGUUUUUUUUUCUGGUAAACUGAAGCUUGAAUUAUUCCCGUGUGGUUUUCUUCGCUAGAAGAACUGUACCGUUCCCUUUUUUGAGCUUUCUGAAUCUUUUUUCGCUCGAACUGAUUGAAAAUGAGCUCUUUUUGAAUCAUUUGGAGCAUUUUGGUGUUUGAAAAGUGUUUGUUCUGGUAAAAUCAGCUUCAAGCUUGCAUUAUUUUCCGUCUGGUGCGUCUUCUUUUUAAUCUUGUUGAAUAUCAUCUUUUGGCCUUCUAGGUAUGAUUUUUCGGUUGGACUCGUUAGGAUUUUGAUUUUGAUCCAGAUUUUUAUUUUUCUCUGAAACUUCAACUGAAUACUUCUUGAUCGGCUAGAGAAAUGUUAUUUUUAUUGAUUAACCAAAUUUUUCGACUUCUCCCAUUGAAAAUGAGCUUUUUUUGAGUCACGUUGAGCGUUCUGCUGCUUGAAAGAUCUCGUUUUGUCUUUUUAAAUCACAGAUUUAAGCUGGAAUCAUUUUCCGUUGGUUUAUUUGGCCAGGAGAUUCUUUCCAGAAACAUGUUUAGUCUGAGACCGUAACUGUCGUUGAUCAAUACUUGUUCAAAAUUUUGAGUUUGCCUUUUCUUCUUUCCCGUUGCAGUUGGCCGAUUUGUUUAGAAAAACGUUGUAGUUCGAUGUUUCGAGACUUCACGGCGAAUCUGAUCUUUUUCAUACUAAUUAGCCUUAUUUUAUGUAUUUAAUUUUAGUUUGAUUUGAGUACCGUAUCUUUGAACAAAGUUAUUAAAAAAAUCUCAACUUGAAAUUUUCGAAAAAUUUUUUCUCAUUUUCUAGGGAAUUCGGUUGGUUCAUUUCCUCUUUUUCAACUUCUGACUGAUGGAAUUUAAAGUUUUGUCCCCAGUUUUUAUUUCCCUAUUUCCAGGGAAGUGAAUUGCGUCGUUUUACAGCGAGAAACGGUUUUAUGGUUUUUUUUCGACUUUCAGUCUUCGCGCUGUAUAAAUCUCACGUUUCGGUUUCAAAGAAUUUUUUUUUGGAUUUGUCUAUUUUUUUUCUAAUGGAUGUUCUUCCAUAAUGUACCUCUUGUCAAAAUUAAAAGUAUUAUUUUCAAAAGUUGCCAUUUUUUGAUGUACAAAGCUCAAAAUUUCGUAGAAUUGUCGAUUUUUUUUCUGUCUAUAGGAAGAAUGAUUUUUUUACUGAAGGUACUGGUUUUUUUAGUUUCAACACGAUUUAAAAAAAUUAUAAAACCUGAAAAAAAUUGCUAGAAAUAUAUUUAUUUGAGGCUUUAACUAGUAAAGUUUGGUUCCAACUCAAGAAAGUUCCUAUGAUUUUUUUCAAAUUUAGCAUAAUUUUAAGCCCACAUUCUAUUUCUCCAAUGACGCACGAUUCCUAAAACCCCAUUGAUUAUGACGUUAAUCGACUUUUUUUUCUCAAAAAAGAUGUAGAAAAAAAGUAGGAUCACCAUGGCGACAAGGCAUGCGGGCCGAGUCUAAAGCGCCCAUUUUCCACCGAUUUCACGCCGAUUUUCCUACUACUUUAUACUUUAUUCGACAAUUUAUGGAGUUUCUCUACUCUGGAAGAAGUGUACGUUUUAUUUUUGUUCUUUUUUUGUUGGGUUCAAUAAUUUUUGUAGUUUCAAAGGUUACAAGGCUCUGAGAAAUUCGAAUUUUUCUUCGAGGGAUCGUUUUUUUUUCAAAAAUAUUUUAAGGUUGUUUUAUCGAUGGCUAUUUAAUAGUCCUUAAAAAUGAAAAUUCGAAAAAAGUCGAGGAAUUCCAUUUUUUUUUUUUCUCAUAGUACCACUCAUCCUGGAGCCGAGUAGAAGCUCUAAUAUCCAAAUUUCAUUAAAGACCACUAGAAAUCGAAUCAGAUUCAAAAAAAUUGAAAAAACCCGACAAAAUGAAAGGAAUUAUGAAUGUCUAACCAUUGGAAGCUGAAAAAUCUAACCAUUAAAAGCUGGAGAAAUGAGAUUUUUUUUUUCCAUUUUGUAGGGUUUUUUUUUUGAAUUUUCUCGAAUCUUAACCGAUUUCUAGUGGUCUGUUCGGCUUCAGGAUUUUCCAAAAGCUUUUCAGAAGUCUUACAAACAUUUCGAAGGUUUUUGAGCUUCAAGCUUGAAGUGGCAUUUUUAAGGGGCUUCAAGCUUCAAGCUGACAGAGGAGGUCAUUUUACUUUGCAGUUGGGAACUUUCUAAAAAUUGGCCGGAACACUUCUUGAUGUACCAGAUGAAGAUCCUGAAAGUAUCGACCUGCACAAAUUCCCAGUUUUCGAGAAAAGAAACUUCGAAGAGAACCCUCAAAAUCCAUGAAGAUAGGCUGUUUUGAGGCUUCAUCCCCUUAUUUUUUAAGAACUAGGAAGUUGUGCAGGAUGAGACUUUCAGAAUCUUUUCCUGAUACAUCAAGGAGUGUUAUAGCCAUUUUUCAGGAAAAUCCCAACCACAAAUUAAAACCUGAUACAUCAAGGAGUGUUAUAGCCAUUUUUCAGGAAAAUCCCAACCACAAAUUAAAAUGAUCUCCCUUGUGAGAAGUUAUGCUCGAAUUUUUAGUGAGAUGAUUUUUUUUGUCACAAGUUGAAAACGUUAGCAUUUCCGAUUAUUCCCCCCUGUGAAAUAAAUUAUUUCAUUGAUGAUCCAAUUGAACCGUUCUAUCUAUUUGGAAAGACAGAAAUCGCUCAAAAUGGACCCCCACGAAACCUAAUCCAACUCGUUCCAUCAUCCCCACGAUGGGCAAACAAGCCGAAUCGCAUGUUCACAACUCUUUAUUUUAUCGUUUGUGUAUAGAUUUACGAGGCUAUUUAUAGCUUAUCUACUGUUUUUACUAGAAAAUCGAAUUUUACUAAAGUACUUCCUUCAGAAGCCAAAGGCAUCUUUAUUUUAAGGCUUUUUGAAAGUCCAGAUUGCUUUGAAAUUCUCGGUUUUCUCACAAUUCAGUCAUCAGAAAAAGCGGGUUUUUUCAAAUUUUUUGAAUCCUAAGCAUCAUGGUCGCAUUUGGAAUGGCUUUACUACCGUAAGAUUUUCAUAUUUUUAGCCUCGAGCCAUUCCCAGUGCGACCAUGAGCUUUUGAAUUUUAUUGACCUCAAAAAAAGCUUAUUUCUCUGUGAUCUCUCCUUUUUACAUGUUGUUUUCUUGUUUCUAUGACCUAGCCUGUAAGAGAAAAGAGAGCGCAGACAGGUCAGACGAAAAAAAAAACUGGAUUCCGGAAGUUUUAACCAUGUUUUCUGAAUUUCUAAGCUUUUGCCAUGGAAACCAAGCUCAGUAUUUUGCAACUACCAAGCACUCAAGUGGCCCCUUCCGCUUUGAUCCACCUGUUAGAGGUCUAUUUGUGGAGUUGCGGCUGUGUGCACACGGAGGAUUGGUCGAUCAAGAGAGAAGAGAGAAAAAAAAGUAGGGAAAAAACCAGUUUUCUUCCAAAUUUGGGCAUCAUUGUCCGCCUACCGCCCGCGCGCGCUUUUUUGCCUCCAGUACUAAUUAGCCUCUCAAAUGACGUCAUUAUUAUUGGAUUUGACGGGGGGAUAAUUGCCGUGUCGGCGACCGUGACCGGCUGUAUUGAUCCGAGGAAUUUUCUUCGGUUUUUGGAUUUUUUUGGCAAAAAUCAAAAUUUUUGUCUUGGAAAAAUUUGGAUUUUUCGGGUUAAAUUUGCUCUCUUGAGAAAUCUCUUGAUAGAAAAUCAUCUCCUCUGGAUGAGCUAUAAAUUUUUUUUAGAAGGGGCCCCUUCAAACUCAAUUUUUGCUGUAUAGAUGAAUCCAAGCGCGUCAGUCUAUAUGUACUUUUUUUUGAGAAAAUGGGCUGUUUUUCCUCGUCAAGUUCGCUCUAUUGAUAAUAAGCCAAUUUUUUGAUUUUUUUUUCACUAGGAAGGUAUUUUUUCCAAAUUCGCUGUACAGAUAAAUCCAAGGGCGACAGUAUAUAUGUACUUUUUUUUGAGACAAUGGGCUGUUUUUCCUCGUCAAGUUCGCUCUCUUGAUAAUAAGCCAAUUUUUUGAUUUUUUUUUUCUCACUAGGAAGGUUUUUUUUUUCAAAUUCGCUGUACAGAUAAAUUCAAAGGCGACGAUCUAUGUGAAUUUUUUUUUUGAGUCAAUGGGCUAUUUUUUCACGUCAAGUUCGCUAAAUUGAUAAUGAGCCGAUUUUUUGAUUUUUUUUUUCGAUGCAGUUUUUGGCUUUUUUUCAGCACUUUUGCAAGUUCUGCUUCAUUGAACGAUAAUUUUGGUUAUUAGUGGAGCGAACUUUCCGCCAGGAAAAAGCUGUAAACCGUUAGUCUGUGUCAACACUGCUCCAUUGCGAAAAAAAUAUUUUUUUUCAUUCUCAAGUGCAAAAACGGUUACACUACUGCAGUCUAAUUUUCUAAUUUUCGGCUUUUUUUUCUUCGCCAAAGCUUCUUGCUCCAUUGAUAAUUUUCUAGCGACCUUUUUUUCCGACCCACUCUCGAAAAUGACAUGGCUUGUCUAUAUUGGAACAAAACCCGAAACGAAAAAGGUCGGUCGAAAAAGGCAAAUAAUGAAGCAGCCCCUCUGCGUGAAGCCCUAGUCGUCGAAAAAAAGCGAAUUCAUAAUGAAGAGGAGGAAUAUUUUGGCCCCCUCAAAAGACAAUAGCUUUUUGUCGACUCGGAAGGUUGGGUUGAAUGGAAAGAAUUCCAUUUUUUUUCUCUUUUUGGACUUUUUAAUCUUGUUUUCCAAACACAAUUCAGUUCUCCCUAAUCACUAAUCAAGGAAAUUUCCGGACUGAGAAAAAAAAAGUGAACACAGUUUUCGCUGUAGAGAUAAAUCCAAGGGCGACGGUAUAGAAAUUAAUUUUUUUGAGGCUUUUUUUCCUCGUCAUGUUCGCUCUAUUGAUAAUGAGCCGUUUUUUUGAUUUUUUUGGAAUAUUUUUGCCCCCUCAAAAGACAAUAGCUUUUUGUCGACUCGGAAGGUUGGGUUGAAUGGAAAGAAUCCCAUUUUUUCCUUUUUUGGACUUCCUAAUCUUGUUUUCCAAACACAAUUCAGUUCUCCUAAUCACUAAUUAAUGAAAUUUCCGGGCUGAGAAAAAAAAAGUGAUUCACAAUUGGAAUUUCUCCUUCUCGAACCGUUCCGUCGCCUUAAUUUGACCAAAUCAAGCACGCGCUCUUCUUCUUCUUCUUCUUCUUGAUAAGCAUUCUCGUCUUUUCCUUUUUCGGCCAUUCGUGCGGACUUCCUUCUAGGAACAUUUCUUAUUUUGAAAGUUUCUAAAUUAUAGGAUGUCCUCGAUCUCACUUUUAAUUGAUAUCAAGUUUAGUGGAGAGAUUCAGAAUCCAUCUACAAAAAUUAAUGUUGAAACCCGGCAAGUGUGCUCUACGGAAAAUUUUGAUCGGAAAACCAAAGUCGAAAAGGGUGGAAAAGGCUCCAUAGAGAUUUCCCUUUUUGCUACUUUUUUGAGCCUUUGUUAUCGGCUUUUAUGCACCAUUUUGGAUGCCUCUCCCUUUUUCAACCAAUUCUUGAGCCUCUUGAAUUCUAGAAAAAUGGGGGGUCACAUGAAGGGACCCUUUUUGCUGCCUUUUUGAGACCUUUUUUGAGCCUUUUUGCUGCCUUUCUGGUACCUUUUUUGAGCCUCUCCCUUUUAGCGCCCAUUAUCCACCAUUCCGACUUUUCCCGAGUACCUACAAGUCUUAUGGAUCGAAUUUUUGAAUUUUUUUCGAAGAGAUUAGUGUAUUUUAUCAUUGUCAUAGCAAUCUUAUUAACAUCGAAUGAUCUGCAAAAAAUGUCAUUUUCAGAAAAUUAAGUUGUUUUCAAUCAUUUUCACGCUCUAAACAGCUGAUCAAAAAAUUUUCAUUUUGUAAAACGAUAUCUUACUUUUCCGUUCAUCGAGCAACAUAUAGAGAACUCUGUUUGCAGGAUUCGCCGAUGCGACUGCAAGGCAGUUCGGCGAGUAGUGCAUCAGUCGCCUCGCGACUCUACGGCACGCGAUCCCGUCGCGACAGUCUCGGAAGCUCGUCCGAGUCCGACCUCAUCGCGUUCAACACCGACUCGGAGAACAUGAGCGAGUUCAGCAACCAGGUGGGAUUAAGGAUCGAGGUUUUUGUAGUUUGAGCCUUGAGUUGGGCUUCUCACAAGCGAAUUAUAGGGGGUGGGGGCCGAAUCGGUACAGAACCAAUCGCAAAAUUUCUAAAUUGAAAAAAUAAAAUAGUGAUAAAAACAUAUUUUUGUCAGUGAGAGAAAAGAGACGCAGACAGGUUAGAGGGUAUAAAGUUGACUUCAAUAAAGUACGGCCAUUUUUUUCCCAUUUCAAAGGACCUAGGUGAAAUUUGACAACGUCAUGGGUUCUGAAAAAACCAAUUUUUUCUAUUCUCACGCCUUGUCGAAGCAUUUUUCACACGCAGUAUUCUGCAUAUGGAAUGAAGCUUGUUCUUUGUUUCCACUUCGAAAUUUCGGAUGAAAUAAGUUUCCUCUUUUUUAAGGCUUUCAAAGUCUGAAAUGUUCCGAUCGAGCUGAAAAAGAAGAAAUACAAAAGACUUGAAGAGACCCCAGAGAAGUCAGAGAAAUCUCUUUCUCUGGCGUCUCUUCAGGUCGCUGGCGAUUUUUUGAGUUGCGCCCGACCUUUCCCGACUUGCGCUGAAGGCAUUUUUACAGUUGACGUCCUUCACGAAACGGCUCUCCGAACUGGAGGAGCGGAACAUGUCGACGGCCGAGGAACGAGCACGGCUCAAGACUGAGAAUGCCGUGCUCAACGAGAGGAUCCACAUGCUCGAGGAGCAGCUUCUCGUCGCCGAGCAGCGGUAACUUUUUGGAAAUAGAAUUUUGGAGCUCUAAGAGAAUUUUCCAAACGUCUCCAACAGCUAUUGAGCACUGGUAGACGAGAAAUCGUUUAGAGAAAGAAAACCUCUCAUUUUCGAACGCUCUCUUAUUUUUGAAGUUGGAACGUAGACUCAUUAGCAACUUUUUGUAGGCUUUUCUGAAUUUCUCAGAAAGCUGAAUCUUUUUUUUACUCCCCAAAAAGUGGUCCGCCAAAAGAAUUUUACAACUCUUCAAAAUUACAGAUACAAGGAGCAAAUCCACGAGGAGAAAUCACGGACAAAGGAUUUGAAGGCUCGUCAUGAGCGGGAGAAGCUUCUGGAGGCUGAAAGUCUCGGUCUCAAGUAUCAGGUGAACUUUGGAAUUUUUCCAAAAUGCGUUUGAACUUGGAUAAUUCCAUGAAUUUUGACUGUUUUUGCUCCAUCAUAAAUCUCAACAAAAUGGGAGAAUUUGUUCUUUCCUAUAAAAUCGCGCUUUUGAACUCACCUUAUUUGGGUAUACGAAAGUUUUGGAGUAUCUUUGGAACUUCAGAAAAGUCCCGAAGGUUCUCCCUAUAGGGUCCCCUUUAGGGGUCACUUUGCCGACCCAUAUAGGGGCCACAAAGGAUAGCAAAAGGGGUCCCUAUAGGGAACAUGCUAGUCGAUAAUUGUUAUAAACAGAAGCAUUUCCAUGGAAAAAAUUAAUAAAUAUUUUUUUUUUGAAUAAAAUUGAAAGAUCCCUAUGGUGGUCCCUUGAGCUUUAGAGGCUAAAAGAUUAGACCCCGAACCCCUAUAGGGACCAUUUUUUAGGGCCUCUAUAGGGGCAGUUUGUUUCCCUAACCGUCUAUAGGGACCAUGUUGUCGGCCCUGUUCAAUUCUUAACCUUGCAGAUGCUCGAACGAGACCUCCAAGAGAAGAAACGUGAAGUGGAGAGAGCCAACGAAGAAACACGAAAAGCCCAAGAGCAGCUGAUGAAAGCCAAAGACGAGCUCGAGGAAUCGCAACGUGUCCUCCAGGACAUGGAAGAGGAGCGGAUCCAGCUGGAGAGGGACUUCCGCAAGUACAAGGAGGAGGCCCAGCAGGACAUCGACAGCAGCUCCGAGAUGGUCGAGGUCUUGACCCAGCAGACCGAGGAGCUGCGACGCAAGGCCGCCCCGCGUCAGGGCAGCAUCGCCGAGCAGGUACUUGAGCGGUUUCGAUGUCACCUUGUAGAGCUUUUCACCACCCAAAGAAGAAAUGAAACUCUAGAUUUUAAAAAAUAAUUGAUUCCAGUUCUGGAAAAGUUUCAGCCGGACAAAUAUGACAAAUUUCAGAUGCUAUCAAUGGAAGAGGAGGUCGAGCAGCUCCGAAAGAACCUUCGGCUCGUCAGCCAGGAACGCGACGAGCUCCAGGAGCAGCUGCUCGCCGAGAGUGUCGAGCGAGGCCGGUCGCUGAUCGCCGACGCGCCGUCGCUCGCCGACGAACUCGCCGGCGGCGACUCGACGCAGCUUCUGGAGGCCCUCCGCGAACAGGAGAUCUGCAACCAGAAGCUCCGCGUCUACAUCAACGGCAUCUUGAUGCGAGUCAUCGAGCGUCAUCCGGAGAUCCUCGAAAUCGGGGAGAAGGUAUAUACAGUUUCUUUCAAGGUCUCAGAACCCCCUUGUGUUUAAAACUGAACUUAAUUGGCUCAUUAGUUGAAAGACUCACACAGAAGUCCUCAGCUAAAAACGCUUAAAGGGCUACUUUAAGUGGUCACUUUAGUUUUUUUGAUAGUGUCCAGUCUCCACAUGUCAUCUUUCUGAAGAAAAAAGCUGAAAUCACUGGAGGGAUCCCUAGAAAGAUCAGCCGAAGUCGGAAAUUGGGGUUAUUUAAACAUAAAUACAUAAGGUACAGAAUAAAUCUCUUAAGGGGUCUCUUAGAACCUCUUUGUAUUUAAAACGGAACAUUAGCUCAGUGGUUGAAAGGCUCACGCAGAAGUCCUCUGCUAAAAACGCUUAAAGGGUCACUUUUAAGUGGCCACUUUAGUUUUUUUUUUUUGAUAGUUUCCAGUCUCCACAUGUCAUCUUUCUGAAGAAAAAGCUGAAAUCACUGGAGGGAUCCCUAGAAAGAUCAGCCGAAGUCGGAAAUAGGGGUCAUUUAAACAUAAAUACAUAAGGUACAAAAUAAAUCACUUAAGGGGUCACUGGAACUUUUAGAAGGGUGAGGAGAAUUUCACAACACUCUAGGGGUUACUGGAGAGUUCUUGGACGUUUUUCUUUGUUUUUUAAUUUUCAAUUGAUAGUCAGAGUGUUUUUUUACUUUCUCGAGGGGUCACUUAAGAGAUACAUCCAAAAUAAAUCUCAAAAAAAAAGAACAAUUUUGCAGGAAGACGGCGGCGCGUCGAGUUGACGGUGCGCGGGAGAGUCUCAGUCUGAACCAACGACGGCCGGACGCGAAGACGUCGCGAUAUCGUCUGGCGAUAACGCGUCGCUGAGCGCUCGACUGUCGGCCUACCUGCCGGCGUCGUUCCUCCGCUGGGGCUGA